AUGCAAAACGAUAAAGAUUCACCGGUUUGGCCUUCUCUCCAGCCCUCCUCAGGAGUCAAGCAACUGGUGAGCCGAUUCUUUGCGCUGGUAGACACCAAUUCCGAAGAAGUAGGGCAGACCUUGGCCGAUGACAUCUUUACCCAAGACGGAGUAUUCAUCACAGCGAACGGCACCUUUCAGGGCGCUGCAGAGAUAUCGCAAUCCAGAAAUGGCGCCUGGGCGACAGUGAAGACCCGGCAGCAUAAAAUCUUGAAGUGCUACGUCAACGACACACAUUUCACGGACAUUUUUCUUGUUGGGAACUUGAAGUUAGAGACACUAUCGGGAACACAUGCAAGCUUGGAGUUUAUCGCUCGGAUGAAAAUUGAAGACGAGGAGUGGGGGCCCAAAAUAUGUCAAUAUCAGGUUGUCAAUCCAGCUCCACGCGACUCGCGACUGAUCCUGGAUGCUGAGUGA